CUGCCGCCGCCAUCUUGGAGACGGGAGAUGGGCGAUGGCUGUGGUCUUUCUGCUAAAGCAAACAACAAAACGGGCAUCUUAGUCACCCCCGAGGGAGGCCACCAUCACUGUGACUGUCGACCAAAGCUACCGAACAGCUGAAGGUGUCAAAGCGGGACGCAGCGACAUUGAUUGUAGCUUCACCUGCCUGCAGGGGCAGCAGAAGGGAAGCGACUGAGGACCGAAAGGAUGGUGCAGUCCUGUUCCGCCUAUGGCUGCAAGAACCGAUACGAUAAGGAUAAGCCCGUGUCUUUCCACAAGUUUCCUCUUACUCGACCUAGUCUUUGUAAACAAUGGGAGGCAGCUGUCAGAAGAAAAAACUUUAAGCCAACCAAGUACAGCAGUAUCUGUUCAGAACACUUUACUCCAGACUGCUUUAAGAGAGAAUGCAACAACAAGUUACUAAAGGAGAACGCUGUGCCCACAAUAUUUCUCUGUACUGAACCACAUGACAAGAAGGAAGAACUGCUGGAGCCACAAGAACAGCUUCCACCGCCACCUCUAACACCUCCUGGGUCCCAGGUGGACGCUGCUAUUGGAUUGCUAAUGCCUCCUCUUCAGACCCCUGAUAAUCUCUCCGUUUUCUGUGACCACAACUACACUGUAGAGGAUACAAUGCACCAGAGAAAAAGGAUCCAUCAAUUGGAACAGCAAGUUGAGAAACUCAGGAAGAAGCUCAAGACUGCGCAGCAGCGGUGCCGAAGGCAGGAGCGGCAGCUGGAGAAGCUGAAGGAGGUGGUGCACUUCCAGCGGGAGAAGGACGACGCGCCUGAGCGCGGCUAUGUCAUCCUGCCCAACGACUACUUCGAGAUAGUGGAGGUGCCGGCCUGAGGGAAUGAGUGCGUGACGCUUUGCGAGAGGCCACACAUGCUGUCUUCUUCUAGCCUUUUCAAGGAGUUCCAUUUGGAAGAAAUAACACUUGAUUACUUGUAUGGAAACAAUUCAGAAUAUUUUUUUAAAAAAAUAAAUUAGUUAUAUACUGUAAAAUGAUAACUUUUUGUUUGUAAUUUCAGGGUUACUACAUUUUAGCUAUUUUAAAGGUUACAGACUAACCUCAGAACUUCCAUGUGAGAAGGUUUCAAGAUUGGGGAAUUUUUUUUUUAUAUGAGUAUUUAUAGAAGUAAUGUAAAAAUGCAAGAAUGAAAGCAAUACAGUAAAUAUGAUUUAAGUUUAACGUUUAAAAUUUAAACAAAGCAGUUCUAUUGAGAGUACUUAUAUUUUAAAUCAAGUAUGGGUGAGAUCAUGGGACAUAACUUCUCAGAAUAUAUUUUCUUCACAUUAUUAUUUGUAAAAUUAGAAGAUCACUUAUCUUUCUUAAUCAUUGUCAGACAAACUGGCAAGUCAGUAUUAAAAAAAAGAUUUUCAGAGCAGAAAAUAUUUCAUUGCCAAUCCUUAUGUCUAAAUAAUAGCUUUAUAAGGAUGGAUUUUUUUUUUCAGGUGGGUCCUUUCCCCACCACCUUCCAGCUGUCCCUUCACUCUGUAGGGCUGUAAAAUCAGAAGUGUGUCUCCAAUGGAAGAAGCAUUCCUCAAUAAACAAGAUAGGCAGUGUUGUCAAGGAAGUAGUAAGAAUGAGGGCCUGAUCCAUGGCAUAUCUUUUUCUCUCUGUUUCUCUAAGGAUUCCCCUAAUUAACAGUCCUGGUUUUCCAGUGGAAUUUGCCAGAUCUCUAACAAAUACAUUAGUAGAGUUUGAUUAGUACCAUUUAUCUUGUAAUCUGAAAAAAAAAUUCAACUUUUAAUACAUUAGCAUUUACCUCCUUUACUUCAAUGAGUGAUUUAUAUUCAAAGGCAAUCUAAUAUGUGUUUAUUUUACUGAAUGUUAAGAUUUAAACUGAAGUUUCUUUUCAAACUAAGUGGUUUCUCACUUUGUGAGAAAUUUUUUACACAUAUUUGAAAUGAAAAUAUAUUCUGAGUAAAAAAAAAAUACUGCCAUAGGAAUUACCUGCUUAAUUUUAGUAGCUGUUAGAACCCUAUGAAAUAUAGAGUUCACGGAGGUAGUUGAAAAAUAUCAGACCUUUUAUGGCAGUAUUAAAGAUAUGAAACUAUGGUGGGCAAAUGUCUUUUGUAAAGUUGGUUUUCAGUGUUGUUCAUGGAUAGUACUUUGGUUCAUAGAGAUUUGAUUUUUUUUAUGAACCAGCAUUUCAAAAAUAGAAAUUAUUAUACUUGAAGAUAAAUAGCCUAAGAGCAUUUAGAGCUAUUGAAGAACCAGAGAACUUUUUGUAGUUACUUACAGAUGUCGUCACUCGUUUGGAGCGUUUGGAGCCACAGUCUCUAUUUACGUUUCACCUGUCGAGCAAUUCCAGGAUAUAAUUAAUUGGGUAAUAUUUUGUCAAGUAUGUAUUUUUGAUCCAAAUUGUCAUCUAUAUAAAAGAAAUUAUAAUCUCUUUGUAUGUCCCCAGAAUCAAGAUUUCGACGUUGAAUUAUGAAAGUGGUAAUCAUAGUUAGCUUGUUAACAUUAUGAUUUAACGUGAAGAAACAUUCUUUCAUAACAGACUUAAGUCCCUUUUUGGAAAGAAUUAAGUAAGCAGCAUGCAUACCAAUGUUUUCCAUUUAAUUUUUCAUAGUUUGGCAUAGGGAUUUUGAGGAAUAGGUGCGUUUUUCUGAAUUUGCGAUAUAACGUUUGUUGAAUGUUUUAAAAUUUAAUUUUGUCUAUUGUUGUUCAUGAUGUUGCCAAAAUGGAGCACUUAGGCUAAAAUAGUUUCUAUUUCAGCCUAGUGAAAUUCAGUCUGAAACAAACAGUGUCCUGGUCUCAAUCUGAGGGAUAAAAAGGAAGAUCCAUGUGAAUUGCAGCAUAUUCUGAAAACUUUAUUUUAAAGACAUACCAUUCUAAUAUAUCCUUUUAAAUGUGAGAUUAUCUGAUAGUAAUAGAGGAAAAAAUAACUUUAUAGGACUGCUAGGAAAAUUGUAGCAUCAUAGAAUUUAUGAAUUAGAAGGCCCUUAGAAGUCAUCAACACUGGCCUAACGUCUGAACCCUAUGGAAGUUCCUUGUAAAAUAUCCCUGACAUAUAGUCAUUUGUUCUCUGCCAAAUGUGUGUAAAUACAUUUAACUAGUUAUUCCCCUUUGAUUCUUUAAAAUGGUUUCAGGAUUAGAAUAGAAUUAGAUACCACUCUCUUUACACUUGUUUAUAAUGCAAAUAUAAAUUCUUUACUUUGAAUUACCAAAUUCAAGAUUAAAAUUUUUAAAUUUGUAAAAUAAUUUUAAGUAUUUAGUAAUUGUAUGUGUUGUGUACUAAAAAUAAUUCUGUCAUUGCAGUAAAGAAAUAGUUUAUUUAAAAUUAUUAACAAACUUUUACUGGGAAAGUCAAGUACAUGAGGAGAUAUUUUAACUAU